AUGGCGCGCUUCCCCAUCGAUGCCUGCAGGCUUGCAGGUAUUGCUGUCACACUCAUUACCACAGCCAGUGCACAGAACCCACCUCCUCCGGCUUACAUGGCAUCAUGUCCUACACCUGCCACCACAGCACCAUUCACUGUUCGGGACGAGUGCGGUAUGGACUACCAGAUUAGCUGCGGACGAAACACAGGCGGUACCCAAGAUAUUGACUCCGGAGUAUACGCGGAUACUUUCAACUACUGCUUUCAACGGUGUUCCGCGAACACGGAGUGUACAUCAUUCACCUUCCAGACCGAGUCGAAGAGGUGCUACAUCAAAAGGCUAGGUUCGCAAAACACUUGGAUAGCUGGCAAUGUUUACGACAUAAGCGCCAUACAGAUCUUGCCAAGAACUGGUAGUCCCGGUGCUUGCGUUCCCAAACCGGAGAGAAAUCAAAUACUCACAACUGAUGAUCCAGCCCCUGUGUGUCCCGACAACACCGACACGCUCUACAACAGCGCCAACGGCAACCAGUAUCGACUCCGCUGUGACACGGGCUUUGUUAAUGCUGGAAGCUACAUGAUGCCACCGGGCAACAGAGGGUCUUUCACUGCCUGCAUCAACUCGUGUACCGAUGCUAUACAGUGUAGUGGUAUCAGUUUCGCGGGAUUUGCUAGGCCGCAGGACCAGGGUCAGGGAGAUUGCUACAGGUUCACAUCUGCCAAUACGGGGGCUUUGGUCAGAGGCGGCGGCAAUGUGGUCGCAGUGAGGCAGAGCCCAGCCAUCGUCGUACCGCCCGCGGCCGUCUCGACAACUACUACCACCGGUACUUGGACCGCAACGACUACGCUAAGCACAACCUUUGCCAACUCCUACGCACCUUCUCCGACUAACGUAGUCGUCAUUGGAGUGCCUUACCCGACUACCACCUCGACCUUGGCAGGAGGCUAUACGACCACCGAGACCCUCACUACGAUAGCGGGCUCUGAUGCGACUCCUACUGCCACAGUCGUAGAAGGAGUACCAUAUUCAUUACCGUACAUCGAGUUCACUGGUGAGACUUUGACCGGCAUCUGUCCCGCUGGUGCUGGGAAUACCUAUCGUAGCGCUGGUCAGCUGUAUCAGAUCUCGUGUGACGGCGCAUGGGCCAAUAAUAUCGAGGACACGGGCGUAUCGGGCCAAACAGUCGACCAGUGCCUCGCAUCGUGUGGCGCCAACCCUCAAUGUGGCGCGGCAACCUUCAGCCCUGGGAUGGACACUGGGACAAGCACUGGGACGUGCUAUUUGCAGACGCUGACUACCUAUUAUGAACGUCAACUGGAUGACGCCACGGAUGGAAACAUAGCCAUUCGAAAGAUUCCUGGCGAUAUCCUCACUCAGCCUGUCGUAACAGUCUCCUCCACUCUGAUCGGAGAUUACUCGACCAGAACGACUAUUAUGACAAUAACUGGCGGGCCUGGGCCUAGUCCAAGCAACACUGAAGUCUUCGGUACGCCAUAUUCUAGUCCGGCGGCCACUGUUACAACACUUGCAACCGCGUGUCCUCAAAGCGCAGGGUCCGUGUAUCGCGAUGCUGGACAGCUUUAUCAGAUUUCCUGCGGAGGCGACUUCGCGAACGAUCUUCAGCCAGCCACUCCCGGGCUCAAUAUCCUCUAUGACCAGGAUCUUCAGGAUUGUAUCACUGCAUGUACUAACAGAGCUGACUGCGGAGCCGCCACGCUCGCCGGCUCUACUUGUGUUCUUAAGAGUCUCGACACGUACUACUACCGCCAAGAAGACACAGCUACUGAAGAUAAUAUUGCUGUUCGGAAGAUUGCAGGCAAUGUGUUCACAACCACGAUAACGGCGAGUACUACGACCACGUCUGAUACAUCAUCAAGUGACACAUCGACACUAUCCACUCUCACGGGAGCCUAUGCUGCUACCACGACUCUCACGUUCCCUGGCACGCAGGUGCCUCCCACGCCUACCACUUAUAUCGGUGUACCAAAUCCUGCGCCAACAGCUACCAUCGUACCGCCCAGUCUGCCGUGUCCCGCGAACCCUGGUCAAUACUACCGCAGCGCCGACGGACAGCUGUAUCAGAUCUCCUGCGGUGGUGACUAUGCUCGUGAUGAAACACCGUUGCCAGUCCCCGGAAUAGACCUUGACGCUUGUGUCGCCCUCUGCGAUGCAUCCGAUACCUGCGGUGCCGCGGUCUUCGAUCCCAGAAUUGGCGGCGCGUGCUAUCGGAAGCUGCUGAAUACCUAUUACUACCGACAAGAAGAUCCCGACACGGCCAGCAACGUUGCUUUGAGGAAGGUCGUUGGAGAUCGAGUGACCACCACUGCUACUACGGCAACGACAGCAACAGCAGUGGUUGAGACAAGCAGCGAUGGUGAUCCUGCGACAACAACCGACACUGCUUCCGGUACAUCAACAUCGUCGACUGCAUCGACCUCUUCCGGUGCUGCACGUGCAACCAUCUCAGCUCCGGCGAGUCCCUGUCCAAAUAACGUAGGCCAGGUAUACCGCAGUGAGGACGACGUGCUAUGGGAAAUCUCAUGUGACAACGACUUCACCGGAUACACAGAUACAAACAUAGCCACCGCAGAUUCCAACAUCGAGGCUUGUCUCGCUUUGUGCGAAGUUACUCCUGGCUGUGGUGCUGCGGUGUUCAACACUCAGAACGUCCACUGUUAUCUGAAGCCUGAGAAUGCUCCGUCAACGCCUCCAGGUGAAGAAACCGCGAUCGGCAACGUCGGGUUCGUAAGACUCGAGGACCAGGGUGAUAUUCCGGAGGACCCCAACGCAGAUGUCGAGAUCGAAGAUCCCACACUUCCUUGUCCCGAUUACGAUGGCGCCAUCUACCGCAGUGAAGGUGGAGAGGAGUAUCGAAUCACUUGCGAUAGUGAUUUUGCAUUUCAGGGGACCUCACUCGGAUAUGGACUCAUCCUGCGAAACCUCGGCCUUGAAGCUUGUCUCGCCGAGUGUGAGAACAACGCUGGUUGCGGUGGAGCAGUCCUACUGGCCCCAGACUGUUUCUUGAAACCUCCGGACACAUACCUCACCCGCGUCGGGACAGCCGAGGGCAGCGUCGCCCUGAGGAAGAUAUCGGGUCCUGCAGUCGCCUCCUCGGUCUCCAGCGCUACCUCAGAACCUACUGCCACAUCAACGACUGAGAGUGCCAGCACCCUAACGGACUCAGUAACUUCGAUAAGCUCUGCAAUUUCUGCUCCGACGCCAAACCCAUGUCCCCGUGGUGCGGACGGUACCGUAGUGUUGCCAUAUGUCGACUCCUUCGGUGAUGCUUACCAAGUCUUCUGUGGUGGGGCUGCAGAAUACAACCAGGAUCUGACACAGCUAAAUGACCUGACGAAUCUCGACGCAUGUAUGGUGGCCUGCGACACAACACUCCGAUGCAACGCGGUGUCUUGGAUCGGUGGCAACUCUGGCGCUGGUCAGUGUACUCUCAAGCAAGGAGCGACCCAGGACGGUGCGGUCUCGGACGAGAUGUUCGUCGCAGUACGGGUCAAUGGCCCUGUCGACAGCGUCCCAGCCCUCAGUACUAGUACGGAGGCUGCAACAGGAACAACAGCGACAGCGACAUCGUCUACUGCCUCGAUCAACACCGAUGAUGUGCUUACCAGCUCAAGUACCACAUCAAGUGCUACGACCUCACCUACAUCCUCGCAAUGUCCAGAGCCACUCGAAGAUGUCUGCGCGAAUGAACAAAAUGAGUUGGGAGUCAUCACUUGUAUCAUCUCCGACGAGUACAACGAGCUCUACUCGUACAACUGUGGCAACACCAUCACCGGUCCUACCAUUCCUACCGACGAGGUCAGCCCAGACCCCUAUGGGCAAGUUCCAGACGUGGUCGACCUGGCCGGCUGUAACUUGCUAUGCGAGCGCAACAGGCCUCGCUGUAAGGCGGUGAACUUCUACCCUGCUACAGGCACCUGCAUCUUGGUAGAGACACCUGAUGGUUACGAGAUCACUCCGGGCGCCAUCUCUUGCGAGCAGGAGAAUUCCGACUCCGAUGGCUCUACGUCGAGUAGCACCAGUGGACCGACCGCACCACCCUACGACUCAACCGCGACUGGAGGAACAGCAUCAGCAACAUCGAGUCAAACAGAUUCCGCCACUAUCAGCACGGAAUCUUCCGCUCCUACCGCCUCGAGCUCUGCCACAGAGAGCGCAUCAAGCGUCUCAAGCACCGGCACGGGCACUAGUUCUAUUCCAUCCGCAGGUAGCUCGAGUGGAGGCAGCUCGGCCACCGGCUCCAUGGCUUCUCAAUACCCAGGCGGCUCUAGUGAAGCUAGCGUGGCCACCGAUUCAACGACUUCCUCAGUCUUUGAAGCGACCUCAAGCCCGACUACAGAUCUCUCAGGAACGAUCUUCGGCUCCUCGUCAUCCUCACAGUCACCUUACAUCAUCCCGACCAUCAGCACUGGCUCCACAACUUCAUCAGACCUUAAAGUGACCUCAAGCCCAACUACAGAUCUUUCAGGAACGAUCUCCGGCUCCUUGUCACUCUCACUGCCGACAGACUACUUCCCUGGAGGUCCGUCCCAAUCUGAUGCGACAACCAUAUCGACCGGCGUCACUCAAUCUUUAAGCACCCUUUCGACCGAUGUGAGCAGUGCGCCCUCGGACGGGCCACCAGCUAGCGAGUAUCCACCGCCGGGAGGCUCUUCUCAGACUACUGGUUCGUCUUCAUCAGGUGGUUCCGUCUCAACCAUUACGGUAUCAAUUCCAAGUGGAUCAAUCAUGAGCGUUUCUAGUACUACCUCAACGGGAACGGCCUCGGCUACAAGUGGCUCGGAGAUUCCUACUGGUUAUGAAAAUGGCAGUGCAUCAGGAAGCUCCUCAACAAGUUCAGGCAGCCAACAGAUACCUAUCAACUACAACACUGGCAGCUUUACAUCAACAGGUCCGCCAUUGACAGGCUCAAACCCCGCAUCGUACCCAGGAGGCAAUGGUAAUGGCGCUACAAGCGGCUCAUCCACCAGCACCACGACAUCAGGGCCAGCUCCGUACGUGAGCGUCUGUCCAGCGUACGAUGGUCAAUACUUCACUGCACCAGCCUAUGGCUCUAGCCAGUACCUGGUCGACUGCGACUCUGCCUACACCGGUGAUGAGAUUAUCAACCCUAUCCAGUACCGCCAGCUCUCCUACUCUCCACAGCAAGGCAGCUGCAUGGCAACCUGUGACAAGAUGAUCAAUUGUGUUGCCAUUAACGUCGCGCCCGAGGGUUGCCAGUACUUCAGUCGAGUGAAUGAGACCUUAACCAUCAGCCCAGGCACCAUCGCGCUGCUGAAGACUGAACAAGGCACGAUUCCCGAGUAUCCAGGUGGGGUUAGCACGCCUCCAGGCAGUCAGACGCCCACUAGCCCAGGAACAUACCCGCCAGGUGUUAGCGUGACACCUUCCACGCCAGGCGGCGGCAGCACUCCUCCAGGUAGCAUUGGUACAGGAACACCAGCCACCACUCCAGGCGGAAAUGAAACGCCACCAGUCUAUCCUCCAGGCAGCAGCGGCGGUAGCAGAACUUCCACGGUCAACAUUGUGACGGUCACGGUUUGCUCGGCACAGACGACUAGGACCACAACUUUGUUCACUACAAAUACUGUCACGACUUGUGCUGCACAGGGAUGUCCCAAAUGA